GAAAUUUCGCACGCUCCAAUUCUAACAACCGACCUCUUGUUCUUUUACCGUUUAUAUAUUGGUAAUCUCCUCUUAGAAACGCUUUGUCAUUCAAAUCUUGUGUUUAAGGAAAGAAACAUUCGCAUUAGGAAAAACAAUCAGGGAGAGGAAACGUGAGGUGGUUGUUCAAAGAAGGCUAGAGACCUAGUGUUAUCUGAUCUACAUCCUUCAUAUCUCCAGUCAUAUAUUUGCUAUUUUUUUUGGCCUCACGGUUGUGUUCUAUAAAGUAAAAUACUCUGUUUCUCGGAGACCCGGAGCCGAAUUCUGCAUCUGGGUCUUCAAUGGCGAGUUGGGUCUUAUCAGAAUGUGGUCUAAAGCCUCUGUCUCAGAAUUUCCCUAGACCCAGAACUGGUGCCGUCUCCAACAACCACACAAAGCACAGAUUCUUGCAAUUAAAUAGGAGUUCGAUAGAUCCAAGUUUUUCUCCAAUCAAAUUAUCUAGCGGGUGUUUCAGAGAGAGGAAUUGGGGGUUAAGAGUGAGUACUCCAUUGAGGGUCGCGCCUCUGAAUGAGGAGGAUAAGAGAGAAGAGAUAAUCAAUGGGGUUAAUGAAGCCCAAGAAGGAGAGGAAGCCGAGUUUGAUCCUGGCGCGCCGCCGCCGUUCAAGCUUGCUGAUAUUAGAGCUGCCAUACCUAAGCAUUGUUGGGUUAAGGAUCCUUGGAAGUCAAUGAGCUAUGUUGUUAGGGAUGUUGUGGUGGUAUUUGGGUUGGCUGCAGCCGCGGCUUAUCUCAAUAACUGGCUCGUCUGGCCUCUCUAUUGGUUUGCUCAGGGGACAAUGUUUUGGGCUCUGUUUGUUCUUGGUCAUGACUGUGGCCAUGGCAGUUUCUCAAACGAUCCAAAACUAAACAGUGUGGCUGGGCAUCUGCUGCAUUCUUCAAUCCUUGUGCCUUACCAUGGAUGGAGAAUUAGUCAUAGGACUCAUCAUCAAAACCAUGGUCAUGUCGAGAAUGAUGAAUCAUGGCACCCGUUGUCAGAGAAAAUAUACAAGACUUUGGAUAAUGUGACACAAUUCUUGCGGUUUAAAUUGCCUUUUCCAAUGUUUGCAUAUCCUUUUUACCUUUGGAAUAGAAGUCCUGGGAAGACUGGUUCUCAUUUUGACCCAAAUAGUGAUUUGUUUGUCCCAAAUGAGAGGAAAGAUGUGAUUACUUCCACCAUUUGUUGGACUGCCAUGGCUGCUUUGCUUGUGGGUUUAUCCUUUGUGAUGGGUCCAAUUCAAUUGCUUAAACUCUAUGGCGUCCCAUAUUGGGGUUUUGUAAUGUGGUUGGAUUUGGUGACUUACUUGCAUCACCACGGUCAUGAAGAGAAACUUCCUUGGUACCGUGGAAAGGAAUGGAGUUAUCUAAGGGGAGGGCUUACGACACUUGAUCGUGAUUACGGGAUAAUUAAUAACAUCCACCAUGACAUUGGAACUCAUGUCAUACACCAUCUCUUCCCUCAAAUCCCACACUAUCACUUAAUUGAAGCAACUGAGGCAGCAAAGCCGGUGCUCGGGAAAUAUUACAAAGAGCCAGAGAAGUCCGCACCUCUGCCUUUUUACUUAAUUGGAGUUUUGAUUAGAAGCUUGAAAAAGGAUCACUAUGUUAGCGACACUGGCGACGUUGUGUACUAUCAGACUGACCCUAAGCUUACUGGCUUACCUAAAUCACAAUGAUCGAACAUCUAUUAUUUCCUGGGGUAGACCAUAAAACUGCCUGGUGCAGAAUUUUUUUCGAGAUUGUGUUGCCCACGGAAAAGAAGUAUCAGACACCCUCAAAGGCGCGACUCAUAUGUUAGUGAAGCAGAAGAUGUAGAUAGGGGAUUUAUAAGUUAUUCGUUGUCACAGUGAAGAAAUUCACAUAUUUAUUAGAUUUGAAGAUGAAAUCGUCUCUUCUGAUUUCUGAUAAGCCUUGUGUAUUAUUUGAACCAAAUUUCAGAAAUUGAAGAAACUGAUGAGAUAGAUAAAUUUUCAAUGAUCCUGUUCUCUGCA